UUUCGAAACGGAUCUUUGAUCUUUGGGAUCAUUUUUUUCUAUAUGACCGUUUGAAGAAGAAUUAUAACGUUACAAAGUCUCUCUCUCUCAUUUCUCUCGUUAUUUCAAAUCCCUAGAUUUUUAUUUUCGGCAAACAUCUGAAGAAGUUUAUGAUCACCGACGAUUGUUUUCUCCGGCGACGAUUCGACGAUCAGACAAUCGAUUCCCUAAUUCAGAUGGUUAUGUUUCUAAUUUUGUGUUUCUUUCUAUUAAUUUGAUUCGAAUACUAUUACGAUGUCUCUCUGUUACUUCGUUUUCCCGAAUCGUGACGUUAAUCCAUCUGGUUUUAUGAGUCUGGAGGUUGAUUGAUUUUGUAUUUCAUCUGAUGGAUACUUCUGAUUUGUGAUUUUUUUUUAAAAAUUUUUUAAUUAGGUUUUGAAAGAUCAUUAACGAUCGCGAAACUUUACGAUUUAGGGGAUUUUGUUUGGAUGGUCGUAUCAUCACCGACGGUGGAAGAUGGCGGUAGAUACGGAGGGCGGUGGAGAGCCGUGAGGGAUGAAGUUACGGAGGAAGCGGUGGUCGUGGCUGGUAAUCGAAACAAAAUCGUUGAAGUCUUCUUUGCCUGAAAGAAGAAGAAGAAGACGGUUUAUCUUCGCUCUUUGUGAUUCGAGUUUUCUUUUGGAUGUCAAUCUAUUCACUUUCUGGACGGAGGAGACACUAAUUGAGGACAAAUCUUUAUCAUUUUGCACUUGUAAUGGAGAAAGAUGGAGAAGAUUGUUUUCUUUCUACAAGUUGCUGAUGAUUCUUAAAGAAACGUCGGAUAUGGAGAAUCUGUUACAAAUGGUUCACCUUUCAGGUUUGUUCAUGGUUUGAGAGUCAAUACAAACAUUCCCCAGCAGAAAUCGACAUGUUUUAGUAAGAUAAACAUGAAUGUAUCAAAGUAUUGUAAAUUUGAUGCCCUUGUUCCUAAUCAGAUCACUUCGUUCAUAUAUUUCCGUCUUGAAUUCAGUUAACAAAUUUGUAUUUUCAACUGGGAAGGAGCUUGAAAAUAUAGAACAAGAGAAGGAAUUAGACCAACAUGUUGUAAAUUUAAAAUUCCCUGUGCUAAUAUAUCAGCCAACCACGAACUCACUUGUAAGUUUCUGUUUACUUAUGUCAUGCUAAAGUGUAUUGGAUAGGUCUUUUUACAUUAUUUCAAUUGUAUCCCGUUUUGGAUUUUUUAGCAUACUUGGGUAUUGAUUUCAGUGGUUCUUAACCUAUAUAGUAAGUUAUAGUUUGUGUUGUGCUCUCAUAUUGGACUCAUAUAGUGUCGCGUACAUGUCAUACACCGUUAUGCUUAUUUCAGAUAUAUCGCAAU